AAUUUUUAAAAUUCUUAUACGAGGAUCAGACAUUGUUUUAAUUGAAAUAUUUUACUUCGGAUGCAGAAAAUGAAGCGUUUACUGAUUAAACAAGGUUUUCCUUAUAAGAAAACUUCAAAGAGUAUCGUAGUAUAUCCCCCCACACUUCCGCAGAAAAACGCUACAUCGUGUCUGCAUUGAAAGGUGCAGUGAGAGAAACAGAAGGGUUAAUUGUGUAUCAGUUUAUCCCUGAUUUCCCAAGACAUGUAACAAAUAAAAGUGACAAGACUAAAAUGCAAGACGAUAUUUUUCCGGCUGCAGAGAAAAUUCUUUCCGACAUCGAAAAUGUGGUGAAGAAGAAUCCGUCACUAAAAAGUUUUGAAAUAAUCCCUGCUGAAGACAAUGAGAACAAAUCACCAGUAUUUCAUCAGGAAGAUUGUCUCGGAUUGGCAUCGUGGUGCGUGCAACCACUUUACUGUUAUGCUUAUCGUCGGCUCUUUGAACUUCGACAAAAUAAACACAGACGUGAGGAACCUAGUACAAUAGCAAGAUGGUUAUUGGGCGCAUUAUUAUUAAAUCCAGAUGUUACGACAUUUUGGAACAUGCGACGGGAAUUAGUAAGAAAUCAUAAGUUAGAAGCAUCCGAAGAAUUCUUUUUUUCACGAUUGGUGCUUUAUCAUAAGCCAAAAAGUUUCGAGGCGUUCGCCUAUCGACGAUGGUUAUUAUCAUAUAUAUUGAACAGUAAAGACGGACAUUAUGAUCCAGAAUCGGUGGAAUCGCCGCUUUGUAGGGAAUUGGACAUAGCAACUACGUGCGCGGAAAGAUACGCAAGUAACUAUCACGCUUGGAGUCAUAGGCGUCAUGUAUUGACCCUUCGUGAAUCACGUGGAUUUACAUAUCCGAGUCUGGAAACAGAAUGGAAGAAUUCGCUCGCUUGGUGUCAACGGCAUGUGUCGGAUUAUAGCGGGCUUUCCUAUCGACAGUUCCUACUGAAAAAAUUCAUGUUUGAAUUCAAGGAACUACCGAAGGAACUGUCUAUGAAAUACUCGGAUGUCAGGGAGCAAUGGAAAGAGGAACUAUUCGUUUACAUUAAGUCAAACAUCAGUGAAAAAGGGAACACCCAUCAAUUGCAGAGGCUAUUUAAUGCUACAAACGCGGAAUCUGAAGCAACUACUUCAUCGAAAAUGAAACAAUAUGCAUAUUUCCAUGCUUUGUCAUAUUGGCUAGAAGAAUGCCAUGCGAAUGAUAGUGCUAUUUUCUUGUACAACGAUCACGAGGCUCUUUGGUGCCAUCGUAGAUUCCUCGCGUAUCUUCUUGUGCAUUUUAUGGCAUUGAAGCAUUCUUACCACGAAGAUGAGUACGAUGUUGAUAGCCGAUCCAUUGACAAAUCGAUUGAAAAAAAAAAUGUUCAAAAAACAUUAGCUACGUUAACGAACGAUGAUGUGAUUUUGUGCCACGAUUUUCUCGUGCAAGCAUUCCAUGCAUGCACUAACAAAAUUGCUGAUCUCGCUACCAAACGAGAUCAACACGAGAAGAUGCUAGUUGAGAGAUUUUUUAAAUUUCUCCAGAGCAUUGGAUUUGAAAUUAGAUCGUGAUCUC